GUAUUCCUUCAAGGUCGACUCGUAAAUAAAUCCAUCUUUACCAAACAACGAGCAGCUCUGCAAGGACAGCGCACUGAUUUUAUUUUUUACGUCUGAAUUUAUAUGUAGAAUACGUGAUAGUGCUCAGAAUGUUAAUAUCAAAACGAAUGAAUGUAAUGUAACGAAAAUCUCGUCAAAGAAUCGAAGAAUAUCUACUUUCCUGUUUUACGGGUGGUCCGUGGACGCAGCAUCCUGUUGGUGAAGUAACCUAGCAUGAAAGUGAAAUAAUGAGACGAUUUUGACUCCAGACAACUUUGCAGCUCUGAGUGAAUCGAAACCUGCUGUUUUCCACCAAGAUAAAACAUGUAAGUAUUUCCCAAUAUUUAGCCUUUAAUUUUCAUGCUGGAUAAUUUCCUAAAUAACCCAAAGUUGAUGUCCUAAUAGCGUUAAUGCUAACUUGCUAAUAGCUAGUGUGGAGUUAACUCUGUAACACCUUUUUCCACUUAAAACAAUGCAAAAUACUCGUUUUUUUAGUGUCAAACUAUUAAAUGCUGGCGUUUAUCAAUCGUUUGAAGAGUUGGCAUCCUCUAAAUAACCUCUAGACCGCUUAAAUUGAUUAUUAUGUGGCGUUUAAGGGUCAGGGGAAUCAUGUGAAGCUGAUAUCGACUGUUCAUGGUGUGUUUACGGGCUGCAGGACUUUGUUUAACUUUGUUUAUUAAUAUUUUAACGUGCAGAACAUUUUAUUAAACAAUGAGUGGUUGAAGAAGUGAAUAUAUAAUUUAAGAGCUAGAGGAUUAGGUAAACAGAUAAAGGAGGAGGCCUAUAAAUAAUAAUGAAUUGUAUUAUACCAAGAAAAGAAAAAACAAACUUUAAUGCAUCCUGGACUUUUCUAGGAUCCAGGAAUGAAAUUUUUAUGCCCUACACCAUGAAAGCGAGACAAUAAAAAAGCUUAAAUGAGUCAUUUUUGGGGAAAAAAUCAGUUUAUAUUGAUUUAAAAUGUUUGCACAGUUUUCAGUUCGUAAAAGAGAUCUGGAAUGACCUUGGAGGAACAAGGUAUAGGACAAAAUAUAAAGCAACAACAAAAUAUAAGUAUUUUAAGUGAAACAAAACUGAAUUGGAUGUUUGAAGCUGAUGUUGACGCUUUCACGAUGUUAAAAAAGAAGGGUUAAUUGGUAGAUAUCUCUAACAGAGGCAGGAGUGGACAGGGUAUGUCUGCAACUUUAUUUUUAUGGCACUUUUCAGACAAGAAAUGCAGGUCAAAGUGCCUCACAGAGGCUAAAAACAACAAUUAACAACAAUAAAACCUAACCCUCCCACCCACAAAGACACACACCCACCCUAUAUAAGAUAUAAGAUGGUCAGAGAAGGCAUAAGGUGCAGACGACAAAGUAACUAGGACAUAGGUUACAAAUACAUAAUGCUUAGGGAAAGGUCAAACAGAUACGAAUUGCCAUAAAUGGAACACAGACUAAUCAUCAAACAGUGAUAAAGACAAUAAAAGUAUUCACAAAAAGGAAAGAAACAUGAUCAUAACAAAUAAUGAUGUAUUUAAGACAUGAUUAGAUGAGAUUUUAAUGAUAGUUUAAAGGAGUUGAGGAGAGAUGCAUCCAGAUUAUUCUAUAGUUACGGCCCUCUAAAAGUAAUGUUAGACUGAUGACUAGAAGUUCGACAGGAAGGUAACUGAAGAUGGCCGAGUACGAGUGAAGGUUGGAGGAAAAGGUAAAAAAAGUUUCGGAAAGUUUCAGGAAGGUCUUGUUUGUUAUUGAUGAACUUGUGGACAAACAAACAAGAGUGAGUUAGUCAGUUUUCAGUUGGUAAAACAGAUCUGGAAUGACUUUGGAGGAACAAGGUGUAGGUCAAAAUAAAAUCAGCACCACAUAAAGAAACAACAAAAUAUCAGUAUUUUAAGUGAAACAAAACUUUUACAGCUUUUUAUUCCUCUGUGUAAUAAGUGGCUUUAAUCAGGAGCACAUAAGAGUGGUCACACAUGAAUGUUUUCACCAGAUUUUUGGCAACUGCAACUCUGUAAAUCCAUCCCAAAUGGUCAAUUUUUACACCAUAAAUUGGCAUCAAGGCAAGCUGACCAAAGUUUAGGACAUCGGGAUGGACCACUUGAGUUAUCCGUUUAAAUAUUGUUUAGAAAAGUAGUUUAAUGUUAAAAAACUAACCCAUGUUUGGAAAUUCUUCCUUCUGCUAUUGGCUGUCUCAGGUUCCAAAUUGGUUUCUGUUUGUAGCUCGCUGAUGAUUGCCCAACACAGUCUCAAAUUGCAGUUCUUUAAGUGUAGAAGCUUGUAAUGUGUUUAUCAGAGUAAGCAGACAUAGUUUAUCUUAAUGUGCAGAGUAUUCCUAUGAAUUAUAGGAAAGUGAAAGUGGUCUAUAAAUCAUUACAAAUUGGAUUAUGAAAAUGUGAGCACUUCUCAGAUAUGCUUUGUAAUGGUAUGUGGCUCUGUGAUACUUUUACAACAGUAACCAGAUCUCAAAUUUGUGUCCCAGGUUUUACAAAUAGAUGCACCAUCAACCUCAAAAUUUGAAAAGUAAUUAUUUUGAAGAAAAACCACCUCAAUGGUUUUACAAAUAACGCUCCUAACUUUAGAGAUAUUGGGAGGAGAGUCCACCUGAUUUAUUGAUUGAUUGUGCAAUAUUAUUGGGUAACAGUUAGCUUAGAAAUAGUUACUUUUUUCCUUUAUCUCAGACAUGUUAUCUUUUUCACGUACCUCGACAUGGAGGUACGUGAAAAAGAUAACAUGUCUGAGAUAAAGGAAAAAAGUAACUAUGUCUAAGAAACUGAAGACAUAAUGAACAUCAUUUAACUAGAUAUCAGCUUGUUUAAUGUUUAUUUAUUUUGGCAUCAUCAUCACACAGCUUUUCCAAGCCUUCUGUGUGUGUAUAUUGAUGCAACAUCACUGCAUAGCCUGUAUAGAAAAACCUUAUUUGAUUGUUAAUGAUAGAGAAGUACUGUAGGCUGUCAUAUGGUGAUGAUUUGCUAAAUUUACUUCUUUAAAGGCAUAUUCCAGUGUGAAAUUAAUUUAGGGUCAAACACACCAUAACCACCUCUAGAGAUGAAUAUUGCAGACCGCUUGCUUCUCUAGUUAUACCAACUUUAGUAACGACCGCAGGAUAGCAAUACACAGCAGUCUGAGGAGCCAUAAACAAACCUCAACCAAAACGCCACUCUAUAGCCACAAAUAAUGCUCUUGAGGGGGUGUCUAACUCUGUGUUACGGGGUGUUUGACCUUAAAUUAAUUUUACACCAGAAUAUCCCUUUUAAGUUCCAUUUCAAAAGAAUUAAAUUUGUAUUUGUAAUUUGUCGUGUUUUGCCUCCUCUAAUGUUUUGGUUCGAUAAAGCAGAGCUGAGCCAUGGCCAACAUCCAGAUCCGAAAGUAUAAAGACGAAGACGCUGAGGCCGUGAAAGAGGUCUUCACCCUGGGGAUGAGCGAGCACGUGCCUUCGUCCUUCAUGCACCUCCUCAAACAGCCACCGACCCAGAUGGUGCUCAUGUGCACGUUCUGCUCUCUCAUGGCCAGCUCCAAAUCCUUCCUGCUGCCUGUCCUCGCCGUCACCCUCCUCCUGGCUGCUGCCCGCCAGUCUGUCGUCUACAUGUUCAACAAAUACAUCGAUACCUCCCUCAAGAAGGACCUCAACAACAUCACUGAGACCUACCUAAAGGAGAAGGACUCAUGUUUUUGGGUGGCGGAGUGUGACGGACGUGUGGUCGGUACAAUGGCCUGCCUCCCUAAUGAGAAUACACCUGGAUGUUUAGAGUUGAAACGCGCAUCUGUACGCCGCAGUCACCGCAGGAUGGGCAUCGGUAAAGCUCUGUGUCGGACGGUCGCCGAUUUUACUCGCGACAGAGGUUAUGCAGCAGUGAUCCUGUACACCUCUGUUGUGCAGACUGAUGCUCACAAGCUGUACGAGUGCAUGGGCUACGAGAAGAUCAGAGAGUUUCCUGUCCCUGAGUUUAUCGCCAAAGUCACAAACUUUACUCUGAUAGAGUACAGGCUGGAUUUACACAGAGACAGAAAAAACAACUGAGUGAUGUUGAGCUGAGACACGCUAAGACUGUGCAGCAUUUCAGGGCAACAGUACCGUCCAUUCAGCCAACUUUAAUGCUUCUGUUUCCCCAGCAUGCAUUCCAGUUAAAGCGAAAAACACUCUGAACAGGUUCAGUAACAUCCAAGUGUGUUUACUCAAAAUACGUGCAGCAAACGUCCGGGCAUGUCUUCUCCUGUAACAAACACAGAUGUGAAAACCUUACUCUGUCGUUGCUCAUCCUGUUUUUGAUUUAAAACCCCUUUUUGAUUAUUUAAUUUUGUAAAUUAUUUUGAUUUGACUCGAGAGAAUAAAUCAAACGGACCAAAUAUGCUCCAAUAAUUUAGUGACCUUCAUUAAGACUUUUACAGCCAUAGCAUUAUGAGUCUCCACUCGACCUGUGAAGGUCUUCUGUGGUACCUGACUGGAGAAUCUGGAGGCAAAGUUUACACCUGGAUCUCAUAGUCAUGUUGCUCCAGACCAAACAGCUAAAACAGGAGCACGCCCAACACAUAAACUCCUGUCAGGUACACAGAAAAGUGAAAAAAGUCAACAUCUGUGUCCAGACUGACUAAAGGCACCUCCAGGGGUCAGUAUCAGCUCUCUGAGCAGUCUGCAGCUCCACAACCCUUUACACGAUGAACUGUAAUGCAUCUUUAGGCUCCCAUCAAAGUCACUUACAUCCUCUUCAUCCUUCCUUACAUAUCCCCUCACUAAGCGUCAGCUGCCAUUACAAAGAGAUUAUCUGUUAUCUACUUGAACUGUCAGUGGUCAUAAUUUAAUGGCUGGUUGUUUUUGUCUCCAUAGAUUUACCCAUACUCCAAAUGUCAAGUAAUCAUUCCAGAUUUAUGUGUAUUUCAAGACUUAAUCAUAAUAAUCAGAACAUAUAGACGUGUGAUUUUAUUAAAACUGCUUUUGUGAAAAAUUUCUUCCACUAACUUUCCAAAUCUUUCGCAUAAAACAUAUGCAAGCUUAUAUUUAGAUUUUCAAUUGAUGAACUAAUAAAAAGUCCUAGUAAUCAUCUCAUCUUGUGGUUUUCUUUUAAGCUUUUUUUGUUAUUUUAUUUUUAAGUAACUUAUUUUGAGUUUUUCUGAAUUCUGAGCUUUUUUCCUUGUUAUUCCAAUGCACGAAUUCUCUGUAUGAUUAAGUGUAUCUGUGAAUGUUUACAUAUAUAAGCCAUAUACAACAAACAUCUUUCUAUGAUUAAACAGUUUUCAAAGUUAUUCUAAAGUUUUGCGCAAUAGGCUUUACAUUUUUUAAUUGUUAAAUAUUGGGUUGGCUCAUCUCUGGAUCUGGUGCUGCAGAUAUGAAACAGCACUGCUUUUGACAGAGCUUUGAUACACGUGUUUGUUUAUUUGUACCUCACCUUCCAUCUAAAAAUAAACCCACAUCUUAAGCUC